AAACCAGAAGCAUCAGCCCCCCCUCCGCAUAUAAAAAAGCAUCUCCCCACUUCCCCUUUUCUUACCAUUCAGGUAAAAUCCUUGUCUCUUUUAGACAGUGUUCCCAUACCCCACGUUUCUAUUCUAAACCCCCACACUUUACACUGCAAUUUCCUAACUACGAUACACUCACAACCCAUUAUUAUCCCCCUCCUCUCUCCCUUGUCAAUAUUCUCUUACACCAUCUUAUUCUGCACAUAAAUAUCAGUUGCUGUGGAUAUAUUGUAGCCGCAGCCAUGGCUCCAAUCAUGCAGAAAGUUUAUCCUCCUACUACUGUAGCGUUACUCUUGAUUCUUUCCUUUUCACUCUUGUCUUUUCACUCCGUCAAUUCGCAGUCUUUCAUCGGUGUGAAUUACGGCCAGGUGGCCGAUAAUCUCCCGCCGCCGGAGGCCACAGCCAAGCUUUUGAAGUCUACGAGCAUCGAGAAGGUGCGGUUGUACGGUGCCGAUCCGGCGAUCAUUAAGGCGCUGGCCAACACCGGCAUCGGGAUAGUGAUCGGAGCCGCCAAUGGGGAUAUUCCGGCGCUCGCUUCCGACCCGAAUUUCGCGGGUAAUUGGAUCAACUCAAACGUGCUGCCCUACUACCCGGCUAGCAAGAUUAUUGUUGUUACGGUCGGCAACGAGGUGGUGACGUCACCGGAUCAGAAUCUGGUGUCUCAGCUCCUGCCGGCGAUGCAAAAUGUCCAAAACGCCCUCAAUGCAGCAUCAUUGGGUGGGAAAAUCAAGGUGUCAACGGUACAUUCCAUGGCGGUUUUAAGUCAAUCAGACCCGCCAUCAUCAGGUGCUUUUGGGUAUGGCGACACAAUGAAGGCGUUGCUACAGUUCCACAGUGCAAAUGGUUCGCCUCUUAUGAUCAACCCAUACCCUUUCUUUGCAUAUCAAAGUGAUCCUAGGCCCGACACGCUUGCUUUUUGCUUGUUCCAACCCAAUGCUGGACGAGUGGAUUCAGGAUCUGGCAUCAAGUACAUGAACAUGUUUGAUGCACAGGUUGAUGCUGUGCACUCUGCGUUGAAAGGGAUGGGAUUUAAGGAUGUUGAGAUUGUGGUUGCUGAGACAGGUUGGCCUUACAAAGGAGAUGCUAACGAGGUCGGCCCUAGUUUGGACAAUGCAAAAGCCUACAAUGGGAACUUGAUAAACCACCUCAGAUCAAUGGUUGGCACGCCGCUCAUGCCUGGAAAAUCUGUUGACACCUAUUUAUUUGCACUCUAUGACGAAGAUUUGAAACCUGGGCCUGGGUCGGAGAGGUCAUUUGGACUUUUUAAACCUGAUCUUUCCAUGACUUAUGAUGUUGGUCUCUCAAAGAGCACACAAACUCCUGCACCAACCCCAGCAACUCCAGCACCAGCACCAACAACUCCCGCAACUCCAGCCCCGACAACUCCGGUGAAUCCAGCUCCAACAACUCCCACGACUCCGGUAGUGAAUCCAGCUCCAACAACUCCCACAACUCCGGAUGUGAACCCAGUACCAAGCCCCAUAGCUGCAGGUUGGUGCGUGCCCAGGCCUGGCAUAUCUGAUGCUCAAUUGCAGGCAAAUCUUGAUUAUGCUUGUGGCCAGGGCAUAGAUUGUAGUCCAAUUCAACCUGGUGGUGCAUGUUUUGAACCAACUACUGUUGCAUCACAUGCUGCUUAUGCUAUGAAUCUCUUAUAUCAAUCUGCUGGCAGGAAUUCCUGGAACUGCGACUUCCUGCAUACCGCCACCAUCACUACUACUAAUCCUAGUUACAAUGCUUGUGUUUACCCUGGUGGAAGUACAUGACAACAACGACUUGGGAAUUUUUGGUAGCUAAAUAAUCCAAGGGGCGAUAGUAGCGGUUGGUAGCGAUUGAUGUAAUCCUACGGCAGAAUAAUGCCCAGAAGUAUUAUAUGUAGGUUUUAUUGUACCAAAAAUUCUUUCGAUAUUGUGUCCAUAAAUAUUAUUGAAUAAUAUGUAAAGGAUUAUUUAGAUCCA